AUGUAACUAGGGGAUUUAAACUACUACAGGCUUUCAUAACUGAAUCCAAAUGACCAUUUGUGAUAAUGUAAAGAAUACACUAACAUACACUCUUCACACAUGAUAGCAGAUUAGUUUUAUGCAAUUCGUGUGUUAAAAUAGUGUAUGACUGUGUGAAAUAGAAUAUAUGCGGUAAGUUCAAAGAGCCGUUUGUGAGUUGACAAUGCGCGUGUUUAUUUUUCUUUCUUACACUGGCGCGAGACCCUUAUUUUCCAAAGCAGCCGACCCACUUUCUGAAGACUGUUUCCUAGCGUAAGCUAACGUUAGCUGUUUCCCUGCGGAGGAGUUUGGAUUUGUGAAGAAGACGCGGUGAAACAAAUAACACACGUCUGUAAUCAGGAUGGCCGAUUCCUCCGCUCCCCGCGACCUUCCACGCAGCGGCGACGACGACGACAUGUUGGAGCUGAACGAGGAUUUGGAGAGAAUGAUUGAAGACGUUGAGAAUAUGACAGUGCAGCUGACCUGGAUGGCCUAUGAUAUGGUGGUACUGCGGACCGGUCCGGAGCUGGGAGCCAGUAUACGGAUACUGGAAGAAGCUUAUCGCAACUGUAGGGCUGCCGUCUGUGGAGACCCUGAUCAGGAGUGACGGACGGACAGAUCUGCUGAGACAGCUGUCACAACACUCAUUCAGAUGUUAUGCUUAUUGUAAGAGUUUUGACUUGGAUGAAACUGUGUUUUAAAAGUUUUAAAGUUGAAACUCCAGCACUUUUGUUUGUGGUAUUCAGAGGUGUUUAAGUCUUAUCUUGUUCCCGACUUACUUGCACUAAAAGCGGUGUUUUGAUGAUUACGUCAUUGUUACAAUGGACUGUAAAGCUUGUUUCCUGGCUAUUAAAGUGAUCUGUUUAACAUGUUGAAAUUUAAUAAAUUCAU